CUUGGAUAGGUUCUCCGUCAUAAUCUUUCAGUUUGUACACAGGGGGUUGGCGAGGUAUACGUUUGGUUACUGUGAACAAUUCAUCGGUACAAACUCUGUUGAUAUUUUUUAUCAAACACUCCUCUCAGUUUGGAUAAUUCUCACCAAAUCCCCCUCCUUAAAAUUCAUCUUUAAUUUGUUUUUGUCGCGUAUGGGAAAUGUUUCGCACAGGUUUUCAAACACUUGAGAGACUUUUUCUGACGUCACCUGCAUAGGCGUCAUUUUUAUAUUUUUAUGAUAACUGUUAUUGUAGGUGUCAAGCAAUUCCUGUAAGACGUCCAAGUACCUACGGCUGUUUGUAGCCAUAAAAUACCUCCACAUUCGUGUUUUCAACGUGCAGUUAAAUCUUUCAAUAACAGACGCUAUCAGUUCACUGGCAGUUGCAAAAUUAUUAAUUCCUCGUUUCUUCAUCAACCCCUCAAAGCUUUUGUUAAAGAACUCUUUGCCCGCAUCUGUUUGUAACUUUUCAGGGAUCCUCGACCCCUGUUUUUGUCUUCAAAGCUCUGGCAUAUGCCUGUUUUGAAAAUACAUCGAUGACCGUGAGUAAAUAAUUGUACCCAUCAUUGUGUUCGGUCAAGGCCUGCAUAUCACAAAGGUCUGCCUGGAACUAAUUUAGAGGUUGUGGUACAAACACUCUAUUUCUGACAAAAUGUAUCCUGGCGGGUUUAUGCAGAGUAUACAAAUCCUGUUCCGAUAAAAACCUUUGACCCGUUCUACGUUGACUUUUUUCCCCAUUUCAUCCUGCACGGCUCUGCGUAGUCGUUCCACUCACCCUAAAACUACCGGGAUGUGAGGGCUUAUAAUACACUUUUUUCAUGACAUGUUUCUCAGCCAUGUUUCUGGCUGCCCUCUCUAGGGUUUUUUAAAAAACAACGAGACACAAGCUUCUUUAAAUCGUUUUUUUAUUGACUAUUAACAUACAGCAUUUCUCAAAGUACAGGAGGUUAACGUUGAUUCCACACAUAUGGUAAAUAUCAUCGUGUACUGUUCUCAGUUCAUUCCAGGUAUUCAGAUACAUGUUGUUUUGUACACAAUAACUCAUAACGUCUACAAAUAAAGUGUAAAGAGUAAACAGAUGAGACAUUUUCAUGCAAGAAUCUUUAGUCAUCUCUUUUAUGAUUUUACAAAAGAUAUCAGAUACAGAGCAUUUGUUUACUAUUAGCAAUGUGUCACUUACUAGCUGAUCCCAAUUUUCAACAUUUCGAACAACAUCCAAAAUCUUUUCUAGUCUUGCAACUUCGUCUCUAAAGUAAAAAACAUUGUUACCCACAACAUGGGUGACUCUGUUUUUAAUCACCUGAUCUAAAACGUUGAUUUACUGAUUAACGAUUACACGUUCCUCUACAUAAUUUUGAAGUUUUCUGCAAAAGUUACCCUUUUUUUUAAAUCACUCAAUUCCCUUCCAAAAGUCUGCAACAUAGUUCAUCAGCUUAAUCUUUUUCUUGUCUUGACCGAUCAGAGCGUCGUACAUCUUCUCCAAUUUCUCUCCGAUGCAUCUUGUCUUUUUGAGGUUAUGAAGAAAGGCCUCGGAAGCGCCGUGGACUCUCUAUGCAGACACGUGGAUAUGGUGUGCCUGAAACGCCCAUUGAAUGGCUCUGAUGAAACGAUCUGUCCAGAGCCGUUUCGUCAACUCGUUAUAGUGCCGAUGGAAGAAAUAAUCUGGCAUCUCAUACAGACAUUCGUGUUGUAGCUGGCUCGGGUGAUCAAUAUGACAGCCGUUACAGAUUUCAGAUCUCUACACAGUCAGAACCUUGCUCAACAGGCGAACCACCGCGGCUCUCACUGUGUACAGAAAUAGGUCAGCGAGCACCCCGUCAGGUUUGUCCUCUUUCUUGGGAGAGGGGGGUGGUGAGGCGCUUAGAGUUGAGGAUACUGAGGAAGAAGAAGAAGAAGAAGAAGAGGGCCAGUCAGGGGAGGGAGAUGGUGUUGGAGGAGGUAGAAUCCAGUCAGGGGUCCCCGGUGGUGAAGGUGGGGGUGUCGUAUCGAGGGUAGGACUCCCAACGUGCGGUGGUGCUGCUGCUUCAGGAGCUGUAUCAAGCUCCUGCGACGCUGUUGCAGGGUUCUCUUCUGGGAUCGCAUCCAUGGGACUCCACGGUGUAGACUGACAGUGAGGUGGUGAAGGGAUCUUCGCAUUCCCACCCUUCUCUCUGUGCUUGGGCCACCAGCUAGGAUCAUGAUGCCAUGCAAAACCGACUGGUCAUAGCGUAAAAGGGGUCUCGGCCUCGGAUGGUGCUGCUGCUGUAGGGGUCUCAGCCUCGGAUGGUGCUGCUGCUGCUGCAGGGGUCCCGAUGGUAUCCAGGCUCCCGGGUCGCAGGAUACAAGGGAGAGACAUGGCUUUUCGCAGAAUCAGAGAUGAUUCUGUGCUUUCUGGUUGCGUUAAAAGAGGAACAGACAUGAUUUUUUCUCAGUGUGUGAGUCUGAAGUUGCAGGGGUACCCGUUUUAAGCGGAAUGAAUUACAGGGCGGAGUCAGAGAAGGAGGAGUUGGGGGCGGUGUCUUCUGUAAACAGAGUCUUUUUUAUCAUUAGAAUGUCUCUGUUUUGUAUUUAAGUCACAUUUUUUCCCACAUUUUCCAUUUUCAAAUUCCCUUCACUCACCUUCCCAGCAAGGCUGUUGCGCCAGCAGCAGUGAGGAAAUGAUAAAGUGAUGAGGGCUGAAUAUAUGUCCCUGGAUAUCCCUGAGAUGCCACUGAUUAACACAGUGUGCCGCUGUGCUAGACACUUAAUGGGCUCAGGUAAAUCUCAUAUUAAGUGGCUCUAAAGCAAUGUUUGGUUGCUUGCUAGUCUUCACCUCUGCCCACCCCCUCCUCUCUUGCAUUGCUGUUACAUGAGGUCAGUGCCUGAUUACCCACAGAGAUGAAAGCUUUGCUUUAGAUUGCAUCAGACCUUCUUAAGCUCCAGUUUGGCACCCAGUCUCAAACCCACAGUGCUGUGCAAAUUCAGCUGAGCCAUGGGUCACAAAGUGGGGUUAAUGUUAGAUAGAUAGGAGGCAAAGCCCCAAGACCUGUUUAAGCCUAAUUUCCCAGUAGCUCAUGUCCACAUUUGAAGUUAUCAUUCCAGGGUUGUACUGAGGUCAAGAAAGAAGCCAUAACACACUAUAAAAACUAUAUUAUUAAUGUGAAUGUGCAUUGUUCUUAUGCCUCAACAGAAGGCAGGCAAAUACAAGACUGUACCAUUCUAUCAUUUCAACUUGUAUUCACAAAGUGAAUUUCUGUGGUUCUGGUAGAUAACGUUCAUCUGGUUUAACAUUCAAAUCUUCUUUCAAAAAUAAAUUGCUUGUUAAAACAGAACCAUGAGCAAAUUGUGGAACGAAAGGAUAUUACCAUACAGAAGUCGUUUAAUGAGAUGUCAGGAAACUGUAUACUCCUCAGACCUAAAUUUCUUCCCAUUGGAAGCUGAUUGGGUGCAAUAGUGGGGGACCUAAACUGAGGGAGCUGUAUAUAAAACUUACAAACAAAUAUAAUAACACAUCUGUUGUGUUAUUAUUGAUCUACAGGAAUAUGGCUGAGGGGCAAAUAUGAAAUAUUUUUUCCUGAACGUGAAAUCUUACAUAGUUUUAACUUUUUAGUUUUUAAUGUAAAGCUAAAGAUGCCUCUGCCCAUAAUUCCUAUCUGUACUCCAGGGAACAGGUGGAGACAGUUACAAAACAAUCAUGCAUGUUUAGAAACAGUUUUGUAUUUUCCUGUGUGUUUUGAUUUGUCUCUUCCUGGGCAGGGAGAAGUUUCUGUCCAGUGGUGAUGCAGACACCUGAAAUGAGGUUAGGCAAACAGAGCAAAUGUCUUCUGUCUCACUUUGUGGGAAUUGGGAGACUCUGCUGUAUCAAAGCCCUAAAUUGUGAUUUAGAAUGAUAAACAUGAGCAUCAUUCACAUAAAAUCAAGCCCAGAGCAGCAUUAAACUAAAUGAUGAUAGUAUUAAAAUGUAAAAACAACACAAUUAUGCAAACACAAAACAAGUAUGCCUCCACACACUGUAAGAGUGCAGUUGAAGAAGGGCUACAAUAAUUUCUUUAAUCUCCCAGGGUGAACUGUCAUACUAUAUAAGCCCUCCAACCAGACUGCACACAUGAACAAGCCACGCAAACACAUCCACACAUCUGUCAGUAAAGUGACAGUCUCAGAAUCAGCCAUUAUAAUAUCUGUGAUCACUCCCCCUGGUUUGUGCUCCCAAAAUGCACCACUCUCCCUCCUGAGCCUAAUGCCAUGUGGCAGUGCUGGCACCUCUCUGUCCAAAAGGAUCCAUCAUGUUACACACACACACACACACACACAGACACACACACACACACACACACACACACAAAAAAACCCCUCAAAAGUCUUGCAUAAAUUCAUUUGAUGUGGGAGUUAUUGAGAGUUAUAAAAUCUGAUCCUUUAUCCUGUGAGUGACAUCUGGAGGAAAGUUCUUCCAUAUGGUCUUAAAACCAGCUCUGUUACAUGAUUUACUGAUGGAAAAUACUCAAAUUUGUUGUUCAGGAGGCCAAUUUAAGUCAAAGCAUUGAAACCGAAAACACUGAAGGAUAAAAGCACAGUGUGCUUUUGGUGGAACUAUCUUUUACUAAUCAACUAUUCAAAGGGUCAUUUGAAUAGCUUUAAAAGCUCAACUGUUUACAUUGUGGAUUUUUUCUCAGACUUGAAGGUUUGAAUUAUUUACUCUUCCUACAACUCUCGCCAUCUUCCAGUGCACUGCUUGACUGUGCACUACAUCAUCUCAGUAUGCUCUGUGGAGCACGUCUGUAGGUGCAACUUCCAACAGCACACCUGAGUGGCAAAUGGACAGGUGUGGCGAGGAGUCAUGGCUCGCAUGCUCGUACAGUAAAGAGACUUUGCUAGAGCUACAACCCAUGCAGACUCAGGAGAUGACAUCAAGCCACUUCUACAGUUCAAUGUUGGAUAACAUCCCUCAGGUGCUGAUAAGAACAGCAGAAAGAAACGAGGAAGGAGAGGGGCAUUCGGAAUCGCCUACGGCAGAGAUUCAAUCAGCCACCCCUUCCAUCAUUGAGCAAAAAAGUGGACGCAAGACGGACAUACACAUGUCCCUGGAUUCACCCUCGUGCAAGCAGUAGAGGUGGGCUACUCAUACAACUGGAGUUACAUCCAAUAACUACUAUUUUCCUCGCUAACAGCGACUCCGAUAACACAAAGAUGUGGAAGGUAACGUUACGAGCAUAGCAUGCCAAUUUCUCUGUUAUGUUUUAUAGAAUGGUUAUACUAAAGUGCAGGACUCAGACAAGGGGUAGGGAUAUAAAGAGAUUUAUUGAAGAACGGGGAAGCGGAAGUGGAUGGAGAACAGAGCUGGCAUGUUGCAGGGCUAAUGUGGCAAGCAUCUAUUGUACUCCCACAGGCUGGGACGAUGUUGAACUAAUGUUGUAAUAUUGAGGGACUGUCAAGAGAAAUUUUAUAAACAUUAAGCCUCAUUUGAAGCCAGUGAAAUAACCAGAGUAAUAGGUUGGAUGUUAUGUCCCAAGUGGUUUUCAAACUAACUGGUUCCUGUCCAGUGAUGCUUUGCAGCCUUUCCUUUUGGAAUCCUUCACCUCUAUCCAGUCCUCUAGGCUCAGGUUAUAGCGGUUUCCCUAUGGCUUCUCGUGGUAGGGCAUCUUUCACCUGUUUUUGGAUCUCACAAAGCACAGAGGAGACUUAAUGUAACAUUUCAUCAUUACAUUCUUCAGUAGUGGGGAGUUGUCUUCUCUGAGGCCCAAUAGCUGUGCUAAACUGUGCACAGACUAGGCACUUCUCACCAAAAAACAUAUACUUUGAGUAAUUUGAGAACCCCUUUAUGUACCAACAUCUGUUUACUUCUAAAAUGUUUACUUCUAACAGCAUUCCCCCCUUUGACACAUGAUCUUUACCAUGUGUAAUUUUAGCAUAGCAUGGAAACAGAUAUUUAGGUGCACAUGGUUUGUCAUUAGCGGCGUACCAAACCGUUUUUGUAAGUAGGCUUAUGCCUUUUUCCAAAAUGUUUUUUCUUCUGGUGUUGCUCGGCUUUGCAGGUCUUUCAGGUCCGCCUAUGGUGUUAGUUCCUGUGAAACCCUUGUGAGCUAUGGGGUAGAUGAUGUUAGUUUCGCUGCACAUUUUCCAUUAUUUUUUGUAUGUGCAUCACAUUUGCAUAUGGCUUCUUGUGUGGGAAGUAGCACAGCCUACUGUAGUCAGCUGGGGUGUGUCUUACAGAUUGCUUACAAGAGCAAACUUCAGUUAUUGCUGCAACACAGUCAUGUGGUUCUCCUUAAGCAGCUGGGUUAAGCACAGUACAACUUUUCACAGUUAUAUUUGGCAUUUCCAGCAGAAUUAUAUGAUAUCCUAGCCACCUAGCUGCUGACACAUGAGCUGUCAGAAUGAUAGAACUGCAUGAGGAACCAAAACAUUUAGUUUUCAAUAUCCCACUAAUUAUCUUGCUAAGUUUUUUCCCUGCAUGUUCCUGUAACAAAACUAAUCAUAUAAAACCAUUUUCCUCACAUAGAGUUUACGUGUGAAUGGUUAUGUUGGGGCGGGUAGACCCAAUGUAGAGGCUGUAGUCAAAGCUUGUUAAAAUUUGAUAAAGCUUCUCAGUCCUUUGUCAGUCUAAACCAAGGAGUCAGUAGGUGAGUCAGUCCAUGGAUCAUGUGUCAUGCUCUGCAGAGGCUUGUGCUAUUUUAGCUUAUUCAGGGAUCUGCUGUUUACAGUAGCCUGUCAUGCUGAGGAAAAGCCAUCAUUUGUUUCUUUAUGAGUGGUUUUGGAAUUUUCAAGAUGGCUUCAAUUCUUUAAGGUGAGAGCUACUUCCCAUUUUUUAUUAUUAUUAUUAUUAUUUUUUAGAUUCAAUGGCAAACAACACAAAACAUUACCUCUCAAACCACUGCAAUUUGUUUAAGCUAGCUCUGUGGCCCUGUGCUGCUAAAUAUUGCAGCAGUGCCACUGUCUCUUUCUCACAGGCCUGUUUGUUUAUUUAGUUUUCUCUUUUGAACACACUAUACUGAAAAAUACAUUUGCUAGAUCUAAAACCAACAAGACAACAACAUUUGGCCAUUCUUUGCCAAAUGUUGCAACAGCUUCUUUGUGUCUAUUUCAGAUGCCUCUUUUGUUGGUGAACUAAUCAUUAGAUUAUCUACAUAUAAUAAGAGAGCACUCCACUCAAUAAGGAGCACUCACUGGUAAGGUCAACCCCUUCAGGCUUUCUUGUAAUACCCCAUUGUUUAAGUUGAUAUCGUUCACUCGGAGCUCACUGUAGGUAUGCAUCAUAAGCACGCGUCAAUAGUGUCUGUGUAAUUCAUUCAUUCCUAUUUGGAACCAAUAAACACAUCCGUUUUUUAAAUUAUUUUUUCUUUCUUAAGAUAUGUUCUCUAACAUUGCCAGUAGAGUGAAAAGAGGUAGAAUCAUGUUUUUGUAAUACCGUGAUAUCAUACUGUCACCGUAAAAAUAAAUUUUAGGUCAUAAAGCCCACACCUAACGAGAAGUCAGUGUCAUGGUUUUGGAUUGUCAUUGAUCCUGGUGUCUCACAUCCUGGCCUUUGUCCCUCGUUUAUCUUUUGAUUUGUUGAGGUUCUGGAUCUUUGGAUUUUGUUUUCUCCCUCCUUGGAUUUGGUUUGAACUGCUCACCUGGUUUGCUGAUCCCUGCCUGCCCGACUUCCCCUGUAAGCUUGUGAACUUUAGUAAACUGUUUGUCUGCACCUGCUCUGGCUCCUUAGUCUGCAAUUUGGGUCCUAUUUCCUAUUGCCCUCCUGCUUGACACCAGAAACUUAACAGUACAAUCUGACCAAUCAUGGACACAACAGACUAUUCUGAGGAAGAGCUUGAGGUUAUUCAUGAUCUGAUUUGCCUCCAGGACAUGUGGAGUAAGGCAAGCAAUGUCUUCCACAAAGAGGCAAUCGUCUCCUUGGCACAUGGGAAAUUGUUGACAUUGCCUGGGCCAUGGGAAGCCAUUCCUGAGUGGCUCACAGACUUCCUCGAUGCCCAGGGACCACAGCAUGAGUCCCGGCCUGUUAGCCUCCAGCCUGCACCUCGGUCUAUUACGCUCGGGAUCAUGAGCCUGCAACCUGCCUGUCUUGAGCCGGCCCCCACUCUGAACCCAUACCUGGGCACCCACCUGGCUUUUGCACGUCCUUGCAGCCAUCAGCUUGGUUCCCGGCCUGCUAGCUGCCCGGCUAACCCCCAACCUGCUACACAUCUGCCUGCACCUCAGCCUGCUAGCAUCCAGCCUGCUAGUCUUCAGCCUGAAUCCCGGCCUGCUAGUUCCCAGAUGAUAUCCCUGCAUGCCUACCUCCUGCAUGCUAGUUUGCAUCUGCCCAGCUGCUCGUCCUCACUGCUGCCCAGUGCCUCAGAGACUCAGCUGUCCAGCACUUCAGAGACUCAGCUGUCCAUUGCUUCAGAGCCUUCAUCAGUCCUGCCUGGUGCCCAGUCUGUGGACCAGUCGACUCUUGCUCCUGGUCUCCCAUCAGCAGCCUGGCUGACACCAGUUCCUGCACCGCCGCGCAUCUUCCUGAGCUGCAGCAAUCUUCAGUGGCUGAGCUGCAGUCAUCUCCUGUUCCUCCUGAGCGGAAGCUAUCACCAGUCUCUGAGCUACUGCAAUCACUUAGCUCAGAUCUACAGCCAACAGUUCAGAUCAGAGCCAGAUCAGAAAUACUUUAUUGAUCCCCGAGUUCCUGAGCUGCAGCAGCCCGCUGAACCUCCUAAGCUGCAGCAGCCUGCUGUACCCUCUGCACUGCAACAGUCCCCUGAACUCUCUGUGCUGCAACAGUCCCCUGAACUGUCAGUGCUGCAACAGUCCCCUGAACUCUCUGUGCCGCAGCAACGUCCUGAUCUCUGUGAGCUGCAGCGGCCUCCUGAUCUCUCUGAGCCGCAGCGGCCUCCUGAACUCUCUGAGCUGCAGCAGUUUCCUGACCUACCUGUUUCUGAGGUCCGGCACUCUCCUGGACUUUCUGAGCUGCAACAGAAUCUCUUGAGCUGCAGCGCACUCCUGUCCCUGCUGAGAUGCAGCUGAAUUCAGCCCCUGAUUUGCUGCAAUCUCCUGUUCCUAUGGAGCUGCAGCAAUCACCCCUUCCUGAGCUGCAGCGGUCUCAUGAUCCUGCUAAACUGCAGCAAUCACCCCUUCCUGAGCUGCAGCGGUCUCAUGAUCCUGCUGAACUGCAGCUGCCCUCGGACCCCAUUAAACUGCAGCAGCUGCCUGAAUCUCUGGAGCUGCAGAACACUCCUGACCCUGCUGAACUGCUGAAAUUACUGGCUCCUGAACUGCUGCAGUCACCUGUUCCUGUUAAACUGCAGCAGUCACCAGAUUGUGCUAAGCCUCUGCAGUCUCUUCUUCCUAAACUGCUGCAGUCCCCUGCUUCUGAGGAGUUGCUGCUGAACUCACCAAUAUCUGAGCCGCAGCAGUCUCCUGAUUCCCCUGAGCUGCAGUGGCCUCCUGAACCUGUUGAGCUGCAGCGGUCUCCUGAAUGUCCUGUUUCCCUGGAUCCACCAGCUCUCAGCUCUGCACUCCUGUCCCCGGCCUCCAGUCCUGCUGCCCUGUCACUGGUGCCCUGCUCAGAUUUCCAGUCUUUAGACCCCAGUCUAGGGGUCAAGGGGUUUCGCCUUCGCCGCCGGCCUCCAGAUGGUUUCUGUCCUCACCACUGGCCUCCAAUACGACCUCAGGGUUUUGCCUUUGUCGCUGACUUAAUGAGUUGCUCCGCACAUCUGGUCAUCCCCCGGAACUGCUCAGCCCUUCAGCCCUGCCUCCUGGUUGCCCUCCUUACCAGCUCUGCUUUCCUGUCCUGCCCCCAGGUCGCCCGUCUGAGAUCUUCUGCUUGGCCCUUGAACCAGUUUUACUUGGAGACUGUGUUACCUGGGUUCAAACAGUAUGUUAAGGACCAGACCAGAAAAGACUAUAUCAUGGUCGAGUUUUUUGUAAUGUUAAAGAUGCUUAUGUGUCUAAGUGUAGGCCACCCAUACAACGUUCUGAUACUACAAUCACAAUGUUGUGCACAUGAUCCCAGUGUAUAAGACCAAACUGAAGAGAAGGAAACCAGAAUAGAAAGUGAUACACAAGUGAUACAAGUGAGACAUGGACAAUUGAAAGUAGGGAACAACUAAAAGCCUGUUUUGAUUGGAUGAAUUGGGAAAUCUUUCAGGAGGGUUCACUAGAUGAAAUGGCUACAGUUACAUUAUUUUUUGUGUACAGCUGGUUGUCCCCACAAAGGAGAUAAAAUCUAUGCAAAUAAUGAAUCAUAUGUGACUAGGGAUAUAAAAAUAAAUUCAAUUCAAUAAGAAUGCAUAUAGAUGGAGGGGGAGAUGAGGAGAGAGGUGCAUCAUGGGAAGUCUCCCAGCAGUCUAGGUCUAUAGCAGCAUAACUAAGGGAUGGUUCAGGACUCACCUGAGUCACCCUAACUAUAAGUUU